UGAAGCAAUACCCCGGCUGGCUGUUUUUCUCUCGCUCAGGGAGGAGACGAGUCUCUCGCUGAUCUCUUCCACGCUUAGCUCUCGAGGACCCCCCCCCCCCCUUUUAAAAUCUACAUUGCAAAAAAUUGCAACCAGCUACGAUCCCCUUCGACCCCAUCAGCUGCUGAGAGCCCCAGAUUGCAUUGGGGGGGGCGCUCCGGGGGGGGGGGGGUCGGGGAAUGAUGUCCCAUGACACGAGCGAGAAGCCCCCCAACCCUGACCCGCCGCCUGCCACUGUCUACGUCCUAGUGGAGGAUCCGCGCUCGACAGACGCCCUCCAGCUGCUCAGCCUCAACUCUCUGCUCCCAGAAUCUGGGAUCGUGGCCGACAUUGACUUGGAGAACAUUCUCUCAUUGAACAGCGACAGCUUCUACGAGCUGAAGAGUCAGCCCAUUGGCGUGAGCCCUCCAGCGGCUCCAGCCCAAGGUUCCACCAUGUCGUCACGGGUCCUUCUGCGGCAACAGCUGAUGCGGGCACAGACCCAGGAGCAAGAACGCCGGGAGCAGCAGCAGGCCGCUCAGUUCAGUCCCGCCGUCUCUGCGCCUUCCACUCCUGCCAUUUCUGUGAGCCCCCUGGCACGCCCCGCGCCUGCCCAGGUACCUGUGGAAGUACUAAAGGUUCAAACUCACCUGGAAAACCCCACCAAGUAUCACAUCCAGCAGGCCCAGCGGCAACAGGUCAAGCAGUACCUCUCGACAGCCAUGGGCAGCAAGAUGGCGACACAGACUUUAGCCGGUGCUAGCCCGGGGGCACCGCCCACUUGCUCCCCACAGGCUGCAUCAGCUCCUGAAGCCCAGCAUAGCUUGACUCAGCAGCAGGCCGUGGCCGGGGGCACGGGCAGCGCUCCCAAUAGCCCCAUGGCUCUGCUCAACAUUGGCUCCAGCUCUGAGAAAGAAAUCGAUGACGUCAUUGAUGAGAUCAUUAGCCUGGAAUCCAGCUACAAUGAUGAAAUCCUGAACUACGGAGGCCUGCAGAUGCCAAGCACUCUGCCAGUCUCUGGAAACCUGCUGGACAUGUACAACAACCAAGGGAUGAUGGAGCCAGCGAUACCCGUGAGCAACUCCUGCCCGGCUGACCUGCCGAACAUCAAGAGGGAGAUGUCAGAAAACGAAGCUAAGGCGAUGUUGAAGGAGAGACAGAAGAAAGACAACCAUAAUCUAAUCGAGCGUCGGCGACGGUUCAACAUCAACGACCGAAUCAAAGAGCUGGGGACCCUUAUCCCAAAAUCAAAUGACCCGGAGAUGCGCUGGAAUAAAGGAACCAUCCUCAAGGCUUCGGUGGAUUACAUCCGGAAGCUGCAGAAGGAGCAGCAGCGCUCGAAAGAAAUGGAAAUCAGGCAGCGCAAGCUGGAGCAGGCGAAUCACAGUUUGCAGCUGCGCGUUCAGGAGCUGGAACUCCAGGUCCAGAUGCACGGGCUGCCUUUGACUUCCACCCAAGGGCUCCUGACUCAGCCCUUGGGGGCGGACCUGGCUCCACCAUUUGCAGAGUCCCUGGAUCUGCCCUUCACAGCCGAGGAACUGGGGCUGGGUCUUGCGCUGGGCUCGGACGGGGGAGGCCUGCAGGACGUGCUCAUGGAUGAGGGGGCGACUCUGUCCCCGCUUGGCGCCUCGGAUCCGUUGCUCUCGUCCGUCUCGCCCGGCGCCUCCAAGGGCAGCAGCCGCCGUUCCAGCUUCAGCAUGGAAGACGACUCAUGAUGGUUGCAGUUGGACACUUGGCCGUGGGAAAGGAGGCUCUACCCCUUCACGCCCCCCCCCCACUCUUCCUCUUACCCACCCCCCAAUUU